CUCGUGUCCCACCGAGAUGUGGCACAUCGAUUUGCUAUGGACGCCGGCCACGCUGAACCUGUACCUGAACCUGGCGAAGGGCAUCCUCAUGGAGUUCCAACCGGCGUACACGCCGCUGGCCUCGACCAUCCUGCGGUCGCUGAAGGAGUACUCGCGGGUGGAGGAAGUCACCGUCCACGGGGGCGACCACUGGAACGCCAGCGUGCUCGCGUUGGCUGAGCUGCGCAGCCUGCAGCGCGUCGACUUCGCGGGGAGCGGGCUGGCCGAGCUCAGCGACGAAAAUUUUCCUCGAAUGCCCAACUUAGUUUAUCUCGAUCUUUCCAAUAACAAGUUUUCAUCGGUUCCAAUUGGUAUACGGACUUUACGUAGUCUGAGAACUCUCAACGUGUCCAGUAAUCCUUUGGAGACGAUGCAAUUUGCGCCAAUUCUGCGUUCACUGCAGCAGUUGGAAGUGUUGAACGUGUCCCGAAUACCGCUUGAGAGCCUCGACACACUGAUACUAGACGAAGGAGUUGAAAAUCUAGAUGACAAUGGCACGAUGAUUGGCGAUAAGUGGCGAGUUCUGGACGCGAGCGCUUGCAACCUGUCGGAUGUGAACUCGACCGCCACUCGCAUCCUUUUCCGGCGACUGCGCAACCUGCACGAGCUCAUCCUGGCGGACAACCCUUUAACCACAGUGCCUCACGACUUCCUUGUGAAUAUCCGUGAGCUUCAG